GAGGAAGAGAGAUUUUCUGUUGGCAUCAGCUGUUGUUUGUCCUCUUUGCAUCUUAGACGAGUGGACCUCAAGAUGAAAAAGCUCGACAGCACAAAGUCUUUGCUAAUUAAAUCAGAACAGCUGCUUCGGAUUGAGGACCAUGAUUUUGCAAUGCGGCCCGGCUUCGGAGGUUCAGCAAUCCCUGUUGGCAUUGACGUCCAGGUCGAGAGCGUUGACAGCAUCAGCGAAGUAAACAUGGACUUCACCAUGACUUUGUACCUGAGGCAUUACUGGCAGGACGAUCGACUGGCAUUCCCCUCCAGCAACAACAAGAGUCGAACCUUCGACUCGCGUCUCGUGAAGAAGAUCUGGGUGCCCGACGUGUUCUUUGUCCAUUCCAAGCGCUCUUUCAUCCAUGACACAACCAUGGAGAACAUCAUGCUGAGGGUUUUUCCCGACGGCAACAUCCUCUACAGUGUCAGGAUUACUGUGACCGCACUUUGCUCAAUGGACUUCAGCAGUUUCCCCCUCGACACCCAAAACUGCUCACUGGAGCUGGAGAGCUAUGCUUACAAUGAGAAUGACCUCAUGCUCUACUGGAAAAACGGGAACGAUUCAUUGAGGACUGAUGAGAUCGUGCUCUCUCAGUUUUUCGUCGAAGACUUCCAGCCUUCCUUCGGGCUUGCCUUCUACAGCAGUACCGGUUGGUACAAUCGUCUGUACAUUAACUUCAUUCUCAGGAGGCACAUCUUCUUCUUCAUGCUGCAGACGUAUUUUCCCACCAUGCUGAUGGUGAUGCUAUCCUGGGUGUCUUUCUGGAUCGACAGAAGGGCCGUGCCCGCCCGGGUCUCCUUGGGCAUCACCACCGUGUUGACCAUGUCCACCAUUAUCACCGGCGUGUCCUCCUCAAUGCCUCAGGUGUCUUACGUGAAAGCUGUGGACAUCUACUUGUGGGCCAGCUUCCUGUUCGUCUUUCUGUCCGUCAUCGAGUAUGCAGCCGUCAACUAUUUCACCACAGUGGAGGAAAUGAAGAAGCUCAAGAGGGCACAGAUCCCGGCGUCUUACAACGCCACGCGGGCUAUGGCGUUCGACGGCUGUUUCCACGACAACGAUAUUGACCUGACCUCUUUCCCCGAGGUCUCCAGCACGCCAAACACGGAGAGGAACACGCAGUCACGAAACUCCACCGUGUCGGCACCCGCAGAGGGCACCAGGCUACGCCGCAGGAACCCAGUGAAACACAACCUCCGCUUCAUUAUGAGCAACAGCUACAUGAUUGACUCCUACUCCAGAGUUUUAUUCCCUUUGGCUUACCUGCUCUUCAAUGUCAUUUACUGGAGUUUGUAUGCGUAGCAGCCAGCCUCCAAUCUUUCUGAUUCUAAUAUGAUCAUUGCAUAUGAAUUGGAGAAUUAUUUCAAUCUUGGGACUGCAUUGUUUUAUUGUUAUGGAGUAGAAUGCAGAAUUAUUUUAAAAUAUAUGUCAAAAUAAAUGAGUGCAUUCUGUG